GAUCCUCAUCUGAGCUCAUGUAUGAUCCAGACGUGGUUUGCAUGGAUUCCCUGUAUAUUCCUAUGGCUUAGCAUUCCAUACAUUAUCUAUAAUUGUUUUAAAUCAUCGGACAAACCAUCAAUUGAUUGGAAUUUAUAUAACACAAGUCGUUUAGGUCUGACAAUUGUCGGCACAAUUGUCCUAUUUUUUGAACUAAUAUUCAGUUUGGUUCGCAAAUAUCAAUGGUUGGACAGUCCGAGUACGGCCUAUAUUAUUAUGACAGCCAUACAAACAGCUACCAGACUAGCCCUGUGUAUCAUUUUUUAUGCCCAACGCCGCUGUGGUGUCCAUCGAAGCGGUUGUGUUUGGCUAUACCUAUUGAUUGAUACACUUUUGAGUAUACUAUCCAUUGUUACAUACAGUACAGCACCGGACGAUAGGCUCAGAUACUAUGAGUUUAUAUUGAGAUGUAUAUCAUUUUCAUUGACUGGACUGUUGUUAAUCUUAACAACAUUUGCCGAUAAACUACCGAUAAUAGAUAUGGAUGGCCAGUUAGCAGACACUUAUAGCAAUCGCCAUCACCAACAACAACGUAAAGUGUGUCCAAGAGAGAGGGUAUCCUUUAUAUCAAAGAUAACCUACCAUUGGAUAGAUAUGCUGUUUAUAAACGGUUGGCGAAAAUCUCUAGAAUUACAAGAUCUAUGGCCAUUGCGUUCAGUGGACAGUAGUCUAACUAAUUAUAAAAUGUUUGCAAAACAUUGGUUUCUAAAUAAUAAUAAAAAAUUCAAUGUAGAAAAAAUUAGUGACAAAACUAUUUUACAAAUAAAUCCAACCAACACCACCACCAACAUAACCAAUCAACAUUAUGAUACAAAUAAUCAACAUCAUACUAGUGUGUUCAUGGUCAUAUUCAAAAUGUUUGGCCUGGAUAUUAUCGGUCCAAUUAUAUUGGUUAUGGCCGCCUAUACUAUACAAACUGUACAGCCACUUAUUAUCAAAUUAUUAAUUGAUUUUGUUGGUGACAAUUAUGAAUAUAAAUGGCACGGAUAUAUCUAUACAGUACUGUUAGUUGUAACCAAUGUUGUCUACUCUUUUUUUAACGCAUAUUCAUUUGAAAUAAUCAAUACAAUGGGAUUAAGAGUUAAAUCGUGUCUAACAUCAGCCAUAUAUCGCAAAGCACUGGUAUUAAGCAAUGAUAGCAAACGGCUCACACCUAAUGGAGAAAUUGUUAAUUUGAUGACAGUUGACUGUCAACGUAUUUUAGACUAUCUUCAAUAUCCGCAAUUGAUAUUUACAAUACCCAUACAGAUCGGUUUGGCCGUCUAUCUGAUCUAUCGUCAAGUAGGUGUGGCCGCUUUUGUAGGACUGGGCUUAUUGAUUGCCGUUAUACCAAUCAGUCUAUUUCUAACCGUAUUCAAUGGUUCGGCUAAACAAAAACAGUUUGAAUUCAAGGAUCGUCGGCUAAAUUUGAUGAACGAAAUACUGAAUGGUAUGAAAAUAUUGAAAUUAUAUGCCUGGGAAGUACCCUAUAUGUCAAUGGUUAACAAAAUACGUAACCGUGAACUAAGACAUAUGCUAUCCGCCGGCUUAUGGCUUGCAUUGACACUCGCACUGACCUAUUCGGCGCCAAUGUUGGCACAGUUGGCCACUUUCGGUACGUUUACCGCAUUGCAAGGGGGCGACCAAAUCAAUGCCCAACGUAUAUUUGUAUCCGUAUCGCUAUUUAACAUACUUAAUUUAAGCAUUAUACUAUUGCCCUAUGCAUUUAAUUCGAUCAGCAUGAUUUAUGUAUCACUGAAACGUAUCGACGAUUUUCUUAAAUUACCCGAACAUUACAAUUAUGUUACAAACAAUUAUAACAAACAAUUUGUUGUAACCAUAGAUAAGGCAUCACUUUCAUGGAUUGGUAGCCAAAAUGAUUUGCAAACAACAACAACAAUAAAAAGCAUAACAACGACCACAACUGACAAUAACAUUACAUUGAAUAACAUAAAUCUUGACAUCAGUAACGGUAUGUUUGUGGCAGUGGUCGGCGGUGUCGGCUCUGGCAAGAGUUCACUGAUGUCGGCACUGAUCGGUGAUAUGGAACUGAUUGGCGGUUCAGUCAAUAUAGCACAGGGCCAUAGUAUGGCAUAUGUUCCCCAACAGGCAUGGAUACAGAAUGCAACCCUCAAAGACAACAUACUGUUUGGCAAACCAUACGAUCCGAUUAGAUACAGGCAAGUACUGAGUGCCUGUGCUCUCGAACAGGAUCUUCGUCAACUGUCCGGCGGAGAUGAGACCGAAAUCGGCGAAAAGGGUAUCAAUUUGAGUGGCGGUCAGAAACAGAGAGUCAGCUUAUGUCGGGCCGUCUAUUCCGAUGCCGACAUCUAUUUGUUUGACGACCCGUUAUCCGCAGUGGACAGUCAUGUGGGCAAACAUAUUAUGACCGAAGUAUUUGAUUCACGAACCGGUUUAUUGAAAAACAAGACCCGUAUUUUGGCCACCAAUCAGCUGUUUGUAUUGCCCGAUGUCGACCGUAUUGUCGUAUUGAAAGACGGCUCAGUAGCCGCUAUCGGUACCUAUGAACAACUGUUGGCCGAUAAUCGUGAGUUUGCCGAUUUGGUCGCACAAUACUCGACAAAUAAUAACGAAAAACAACAACAACAAGAUUUUGAUGAUAAUGUUAGAGAUGUUAGCGAUUAUAUGACGGAUAAUAUUAUAAUAGAUAACAACAACAGCAUAUCAAUAGCACCUACCGUUUGCAAUGACCAACAAUUGAUGACUACACCAACCAUUACGGAGACACAGCUUAUCGAUGAAGAACGGGUAGAGUCCGGACGUAUUAAGUUUAGUGUAUACAUAAAAUAUAUACGUUCAACAACUAUACUAUUAUUUUGUACAUUUAUGAUAAGCCUAAUGGGAACCAUUGGCUGCUUAAUGGGAACGUUUAAUUGGCUAUCGAAAUGGACAUCGGAUAUCCAUAGCGGAGCCAAUGCCGGUUACUAUCUAUCGAUAUACGGCGGACUGAUUGCCGGCUUUAUGGUAUUGUCAAUGAUGUCAUUGACUGGUUUGAUUGCCGGCGCCCGACGGGCUGCCCAUCAAUUGCACGGUCAGAUACUAUCAAGUGUAAUGCAUGCGCCCAUGUCGUUUUUCGAUACAACACCAUUGGGUCGUAUAAUGAACCGAUUUGGUAGAGAUCUCGAUGUUUUGGACGGACAGAUAUUUGAAUAUCUUUUUUUUUUCUUCUACCAAUUUCUAUUACUAAUUGCCGGACUAAUAAACAUUUGUGUAGUGACGCCACUAUUUUUGGCCCCACUUGUCGUUGUUAUCAUAAUUUAUGUGUUAUUUCAGAUAUUUUACAUCAACACAUCGCGUCAAUUAAAAAGAUUAGAGUCGACUACUCGAUCGCGAAUCAUAUCGCACUUUGAAGAGUCGGUCAACGGUCUGUCCAGUGUACGGGCCUAUCAAUGUUCCGAAAGGUUUAUACGGGAAAUAGAGUACCGAUUGGACGCCAAUCAGAAGUGUCUGUUUCCCAAUAUUUUGUCCACCAGUUGGCUACAGAUACGGAUGGCUGUUCUAAGCAAUCUAUUGAUAUUUUUUGCCGCAUUGUUUGCCGUACUGGCCAAAGAUCGGCUAACUGGCGGUUCGAUUGGCGUAAGCCUAUCGCUGGCCAUAGCUUUGAUGCCGUCGUUUGAGAGUCUAAUUCGUGGAUUUAUUCAGAUUGAAAACUGUAUCGUUUCAGUGGAACGGGUGGAUGAAUAUACUAAACUAAAACCCGAAGCCGACUGGCAUUCGACAGUUGAAUUGCCAACUGAUUGGCCGUCUAGCGGUUCGGUUAGGUUUGAUGGCUACGGUACCCGAUAUCGUCCCGGUUUGGAUCUGGUGUUACGCGGUAUUGAUGUAUGCAUUAAACCCAGUGAAAAGAUAGGUAUUGUUGGCCGUACAGGUGCUGGAAAGUCAUCGUUAACAUUGGCACUGUUUCGUAUCAUUGAGCCGGCAAUGGGUAACAUUGUUAUCGACGACAUCGACAUCAGCCGAUUAGGUCUCCAGGAGUUAAGAUCACGGUUGACAAUCAUACCACAGGAACCGGUACUAUAUUCGGGUACUAUUCGUUCAAAUUUGGAUCCGUUUGACAGUUAUACCGAUAGUGACUUGUGGUCAGUAUUAGAACAGUCACAUCUCAAACUAUUUGUCCAAUCGUUGGACUCUAAGCUGGACUCACCGGUUAGCGAAUCGGGCGAUAAUCUUAGUGUUGGUCAACGACAACUUGUAUGUCUGGCUCGGGCUCUACUACGACAUACAUCAGUACUGAUCCUCGACGAGGCCACGGCUGCCGUCGAUGUGGAAACCGAUGCACUUAUUCAGCGAACCAUUCGCCAGGAAUUCAGUACGUGUACUGUACUGACAAUUGCCCACCGAAUCAAUACUAUUAUGGACUCGGAUCGGGUCCUAGUGUUCAACGAUGGACGGGUAGCUGAGUUUGCCGAACCCGACGUUUUGUUGGCUAACAAAUCGACAAUUUUCUAUACACUGGCCAGAGAUGCCGGAAUUAUUUAA